GUGAGAGCUGAUAUCUCUGGCGGUUUGCCGCAUGGAAGUCGCCCAGGCAAGGCAGAAUAUCAGCUGUCUGAUCCGGACUCCUUCUCUCCAGUUACCGACCACUUCACGAGCAGACAGACCAUCAUACUCACAUUUAUUGGGAUUCAACGGAAAAUAACGGCAUUCAUCCGCUGACCGACUGACAGGGGACUCUAAACCCCGCUUUCAUUCAUGCAGUGGGGGGAAUCUUUUUUUUACACAGCUGUAACCACAACAACUAAAAAGACACACCGGAUCGUCAAGUGCGCAGAAGCCACAGCUUAAAACAUUACGCACAGCGCAUUGUAUUUUAUUUCUAUAUCUUUUGUUCUAUUCCCUCCAUCCCCUGCACGGACAAACCGGGGACCGGAGGUGGUGGGGAUUUCCACGGCAUGGAGUCCUGAUUUUACCUAUCGACCCACCCGGAGGAAUGAAACAGAGAGCAUCCGUCGCUGUGGUGGAAUGUUAAUAACCUAAUCCUAACAAGAAUCCAGGGGAUGUUGCAGCAGAGUUUGGGACUCUAGAGAGCAUUCCAACUUUUUUUUGGUCCCUGUUUUUAAUCUCUUUCCCUCUCAUCUUCCUCGCCAGCGGGACUUCUAUUUUCCUGACUGAUUUGCAGUGCUACUUCACUUCUCUAUCAUGGACCGGUCGACGUCUUUGGAUAUAGAGGCGCUCAAGAUGACCCAGGAGCAGUAUAUCCUUGCGGCGCAGCCCAACCCGCUCCACCAGCGGGGGGCGUCGGUGUGCGGCGCCCAGGUUUACCCAGCAGUGGGAAUCUACGGCUGGAGGAAGAGAUGCUUGUACUUCUUCAUCCUCCUCCUUCUCGUCACCAUGAUUGUCAACCUGGCGCUGACCAUCUGGAUCCUCAAAGUCAUGAACUUCACUCCGGAUGGAAUGGGGAAUCUGCAGGUGACCAAGGAAGGUGUCCGAUUGGAGGGAGUGUCCGAAUUCUUAUUGCCUCUAUACGUCAAAGAGAUCCAGUCUCGUAGGGACAGCCCAUUGAUCCUCCAGUCAGACAGAAAUGUGACUGUCAAUGCGAGGAACGAUCAGGGACAACUGACCGGUCAGCUAACCGUGGGCUCAGAAAUGGUGGAGGCUCAGUGUCAGAGGUUUGAGGUGAGGAGUACAGAUGGAGAGAGAGUUCUGUUCUCUGCAGAUGAAGAGGAGAUCACCAUCGGCACCGAGAAACUGAGAGUCACAGGGAAUGAAGGCGUGGUGUUCAGCCAUUCUGUAGAGACAUCACAUGUGCGGGCAGAACCUUUCCAAGACCUCAAGCUGGAGUCGCCGACUCGGACCCUGACCCUUGAGGCCCCCAGAGGGGUGGAGAUCAACGCUGGAGUGGGAGACUUUACGGCGUCCUGUAGGAAAGACCUCCUCUUGCAGUCCUCAGAAGGAGAGAUCUUUCUAGACGCCAACACCAUCAGGCUGGGCCGCAUUCCCUUUGGCAGUGCUGUGGACCCCCUGGAGGGGGCGCCAGCAGGUACCACCUACACCAAACAGACUGUGUACGAGCUUUGUGCCUGCGCUAACGGCAAACUCUACCUGUCCCCGGCCGAGAAAGGCUCUACCUGCCAAACCACCAGUAACUUUUGUCUCUGGAGCUGAAAGUGGGAUGUCAACAGACACUCGGGACAUAUGGACUAUUAGAGUUUGAAGCUAAUGCUAGCCAACUGACUGAAUCAAUGUGGAUCAGGGCUUGGUGGGAACCUAAUGCCAGCUAACAAACCGAAUUAACAUGGAUUGUAGCAUGGCGAUAAGUUCAUGUCUGUUAACCAAUUGAAUUAUAUGGAUUAUAGCUCGGCAGGAAGCUAAUGCUUGCUAAGAGACCAAAGUAACAUGGACUGUGGCUUGGAGUGAAGCUAACAGUUAAAGGACUGAAUCAACAAGGACUAGAGCUGGAUGAGAAGCUUUUUCCCGCUCACUGUCCAAAUGAAUAUGGAUUGCUCAUGUUGUCAAUGCCAGUCCGGAGGAAGAAUGACUUGCUGGGAAGCAAAAGCCAAGGUUAGCCGGUGGAUAUGAUGCCAUGAUGCUAAGCAUGGACAUGGGUGGACAGUCUCACUUUGGGGCUCUCGUUGGAUGUCUUUGCCAUUGUUGAAAUGCUGCCAUGAUGGUUUCUGAAAGUCACAAGGAUUACAUGCGGGGGUUUCCUGAGAACAGCAAACUCUCUUACAAUAAAAGUGAGUUGUGUGUUGAUAGUAUGACCAAAACGUCCUGGAAAACAUGCUCCAGCUUUUGUUAGGAUCAACCGAUAUGGUGAUGGACUGCAAACGCCCCAGCAGGGACAUGGAAAAGGACUCAGUUAGCAAACAGACACCAGUGUGGACUUUGGUUUAGCCCUGCGGGUGACUAACAAAUAAAUCAGACAAUGGUUUAGUCUAGUGGGAUGCUAAGGCUAGCUAACGGACCAAUCUAUACCAGAAAGGCCUUCCCCCUCCUCCCCCUAUAGUCGUUCAACCCAAAAGUGUGACAAUUCUGCAUUAAUCUGCGCCUGAUAAUGAAUAUGCUCUCUGACACCACUUUUCAUAGGAUAACUAAUGCAAAUAAUUGUGCUUCAACCUUGCAUUUACCAGUGUUUCCCCCACAUGUUUUAUAUUUAUUCACAUCUACUUUUAUUUUCUUCUAGUUCUCUUUUUUUCAUAUAAAAUAUUUUGCUUUGUAUCUCUUUGAA